AUGGGGUGUACAGCUGCACUUCUUGUAGCAAUGGGUCUUGUUAUGUUCUGUGUUGCACAAAUGACUGAUSUGCAGCAACAAAAUGUGAGAAAAAAGGCUGCCGAUCCAACUAAAACACCAACAACUCUGUCUGAUGUGGUUAACAUGUUGAUGAAUCUCGAAAAAAGAAGACCAGUAAAACUAAAGGGUGGUUUUCGUACUCUAGGUAGAGACGGUCGCGAUGGGCCCCCAGGAAAACCAGGCAAAGAUGGACGCGAUGGACGUGAUGGUUUACCAGGUCCACCAGGUUUGAAAGGAGAGCCAGGACAUCAAGGUGUGAGAGGUCCACCAGGACCCAAGAGUGGUGGAGUACAGUACGUACGAUGRGGGAGAACUAUSUGCCCUUACAAUGCUACUCUUGUUUAYAAAGGUCGCAUCGGAGGAGAAUACUAUGAUAAUAAAGGUGGAGGUGCUAAUUACGUGUGUCUCCCUGAGACCCCCAAAUAUGGAAGGUACAAAGAUGGUUUCCAGAGCGGUGGUAACAUAUACGGUGCAGAAUACGAGGUCAGCGARUUCAACCCAUUCACCACAAGUAAUCUUCAUGACCACGAGGCUCCGUGUGCUGUGUGUUACGUUACAACACGAAGUGUCAAGAUGAUGAUYCCUGCGACUUACGAGUGUCCCGCGGGAUGGACGCCAGAGUACAAUGGAUACCUCAUGACGGCGYAUCACGGUCACCAAYAUCCAUUUGAAUUCAUUUGUGUUGAUGAAGAUGCAGAAGCUGUACCAGGAACCCAUGCCAACCUUGAUGGUGCCCUGUUGUAUYGUGUGGAAGGAAGGUGUGGCUCUCUUCCUUGUCUUCCAUAUGUUGAGGGUCGUGAACUKACAUGCGCAGUGUGUACCAAAUAAACUGUAUUAUCUUUUAGUUGGGCUAAGUAUUCCAAGUGAAAUAAAAGUAAUAAUCAUAGAUAUUAACUUCAAUCUAGGAAUGCUAAUGAUCAUAUCGAUUAAUUAAAAAAGUCCAAAAAUCUAAAACAACCACGUCCAUAUUUUUUUAAUUUUAAAUAUAUUUUUGUCUGCUAUUUCUCCAAGAGUCGAAUAACAAGUCAUCAAGCSGACAACAGAGCUUGRCUCCAAAUUAAGUGCACCCUAACAAAAAUUCUAUGACAACAAAAGACGAAUAAUGAUAAACUCUAAGUGAAGAAAUCAAGUGAAGAUUUACCAAUUGUACUUAGAUGAUAGUAUAGAUUUUUUAAAGGCUAAGAGUAUAACAAAAAGUAGUCCGAYCUAUGCAUGGAUUAUAUUUUAAGUAAUUCUAAAUUAAGCGCCAGUUUWAUAUACGARUGUCAGUAGUAGAUCUAGRAUUUAGCAAUCAUAAAUAUUAGCAGUUCAUUAAAGUUUCAUUGUUUUUGAAUAUUSUUCGAAGUAUACUGGAUACUGACUAAUUAAAUAAGAAGCUGCAAAKUUUUUUGGAGAGGAUAUCACGUGGUGAGCAGCACUUAGGACACAAUUUYCCUUGUUUCAUGGUUUAUUUCUCGUGCUGUUCUUCAUAGUGCAUAUCAGUUUGAAGUUUUWAAUAAAAAUACCUUAAGAAUAGGUGGACGUAAUGCAA